AUGUGCAAAGCGGCUGGAGCCCUGGAGAUUGAGGCAAAAACUGAUUCCCUGCUGGUGGUCAGUCAAGUAAAUGGAGAUUUUGAGUGCAAGGAGGCGUUUAUGAGUAAGUAUAUGAACCUAAUAAAAGAGGAGGUUAAGUCAUUGAAACGAUUCGUCCUGGAUCAAUUACCAAGGUCUGAAAAUCAUGAAGCUGAUGCCCUCUCCAAACUAGCCAGUUCGGCUGAGGGGGUCGUGCCUAGAACAGUGUUCUGGGAGGUCAAGGCGGCCAAGAGCAUUGAUGCCACGGAAGUCAUGUUUCUUAGCCGAGAGGAUGAAUGGAUGAGCCCUAUAAUUGAAUAUAAGAAGACAGACCGGUUGCCCCUUGACCCCCUAGAAGCUAAGUAUGUGAAGGCUAGGGACAAGUGGUUCGAGUUAUGGAAUGACACUUUGUACAAGAAAUCCGUCAACCGACCUCUUCUCAAGUGCAUCACUAUAAAGGACGAAUUGGAAGUUUUGAAAGAGUUGCAUGAAGGAGCCUGUGCUUCCCACAUUGGGGGGAGAGCGUUAGGAGAAAAAGCUCUAAGGACUGGCUACUUCUGGCCGACCUUAAAAGAGGACGCCUUGCUCUAUGUCAAGAGAUGUGAUAGCUGUCAAAAGCAUGGCAACAUAUAUCAGAAGUCGUCCAAUUAUUCGACUCUAGUUCUCUUUCCUCUUCCCUUUGCUAAAUGGGGAAUGGACAUUCUCGGCCCUUUUCCUAUAGCGGCCGGCCAGAAGAAGUUUGUGAUAGUAGCUGUCGACUACUUUACAAAAUGGGUGGAGGCUGAAGCAAUGAGAGACAUUACCACCAACGACGUCAAAGGGUUUGUCUGGAGGAACCUCAUCACAAGGUUUGGAAUCAAAGCCCACUUUGCUGCAGUUGCUCAUCCUCAAGCAAAUGGGCAGGUCAAAGCUUUCGACAAGAUCCUAUUGGCUGGAAUAAAAAAGAUGCUGGAUAAUGCAAGAGGACUAUGGGUUGAAGAGUUACAGUUGGUUUUGUGGUCAAUAAGAACAACGGCCAAAAACUCAACUGGUGAAACUUCGUUCAUGCUCGUCUAUGGCUCAGAGGCCGUUCUCCUUACUGAGAUUGAGGAACCAACUCUGCGAGUAAUGAUGUACUCAGAGGAUGCCAAUUGGGCUGCUCUCCGGACGGCCUUGGAUCUGGUUCUCGAAGUCAGGGGCAAUGCGCUGCUAAGGAUGCAACUCUACAAAUUAAGAAUGGCUAGAGAGUUCAACAAAAGAUUAGCUAGCCGGCCAUUGAAAAAAGGAGACCUCGUCCUGAGAAAAAUGGAAGCAGUAGGCCGAGCCAAGGAGCUAGGCAAGCUCACUCCAAAUUAG